AUGGAGUUGGGACAAGGAAAACUUCUCAGAACUGGACUGAAUGCAUUAUAUCAAGCAAUACACCCAAUUCACGGCCUUGCUUGGACUGAUGGGACUCAGGUAGUUCUGACCAAUUUACAGCUUAACGGUGGAGAGGCCAAAUUGGGGGACUCAACGGUCCUUGGACAGUUUGAACACGUGUAUGGGGUGUCCUGGGCCCCGCCUGGUGCCACUGACAUACCCACUCUGCUCGCUGUCCAGCACAGGAAGUAUGUCAUCGUGUGGCAGCUGUGUCCUAGCCCUGCAGAGACAAGCAAGUGGCUGAUAUCUCAGCCCUGUGAGAUCAGACAGUCAUGCCCUGUCCUUCCCCAGGGCUGUGUGUGGCACCCAGAAAGUGCCAUCCUGACUGUGUUGACUGCUUGGGAUGUCUCCGUGUUCUACAACAUCCACUGUGACAGUUCCCAAGUCAAAGUGGACGUCAGCACCCAAGGCCUCAUUCACUGUGCAUGUUGGACCCAGGAUGGCCAGAGGCUGGUGGUGGCAGCAGGCAGCAGCCUACAUUCUUACAUUUGGGACAAUGUUCAGAAGACCCUUCAAAGGUGCUCCCUCUGUCCCAUGUUUGAUGUGGACAGCUACGUGCGCUCAAUUGGAGCCACUGUGGACUCACAGGUCAUUAUAGCCACUGAGCUUCCGCUGGAUAAGAUUUGUAGGUUAAAUGCUUGUGGAACUUUUGACGUUCCCCCUAGUGGUGAAGACACUUGUCUGCAUGCUUUACCAGUUACUGAUCCAGUUUCCUCUGAAACAAAUUCUGAAACACCAGUGUCGUCAUCCUUUUCUGAGCCUCUGGAUCUAACUCAUAUCCACUUCAACAGAUCUAAAUCUGAGGGUAGUUCUCUUACUUGUCUAAGGAAAAAAGACUACUUGACAGGAACUGGCCUGGAUUCUUCACAUUUGGUCCUCUUGACCUUUGAGAAGGAGGUUACCUGCAACAGAAAAGUAAUCAUUCCAGGCAUUCUGGUUCCUGAUCUAAUAGCAUUUAAUCUUAAAGCAGAAGCAGUCGCAGUGGCUUCCAAUACAUCUAAUGUAAUUUUUAUCUAUUCUGUCAUUCCGUUAUUAAUGCCAACCAUCCAGCAGAUUCAGUUAGAGAGUAAUGAAAGACCAAAAGGCAUAUGUUUCUUGACAGAUAAAUUACUAUUAAUUUUGGUGGGAAGACAAAAGUCCACUGACUCGGCAUUUCUUCCUUCUUCAAAAUCUGAUCAGUAUAUGAUUCGUUUGAUUGUUAGAGAGGUAAUGCUGAAAGAAGACUUUCCAGUGACACUGAGUGAAAACGAGAAUGAUAACUCUUCUUUCAGUUCUCUGUUAAAUAAAACAAAUAUAAAAAAGCUAAUUGAAGAUCUUUCACCAGAUUUUUUUAACCAAAGCAGAGGGCUCUUGUUCACAGCUAAUAGCAGCAGUCAAAGUGGAAGGCCUGGAAGAACCCUUAUUAAAGAAACAGAAAGUCCUGCAUCCAGCAUCUGUGAUGGCUCCACAGUCCUAGAAACUCUAGAUGCCGGGCCUGUUAACUCGUCAGAAACACUGCCCAGACCCAGCGGUACAUCAGCCCACACCAGUACCACAGAACCUCCUAACUUAGAACGGGAAGAGGAAACGUACCGGCUGUCUAAGGAACUGGAAAUUGUAUCUAGGAACCUGAGUGAAGUGCAGCGAUGUCUUUCUGAACUCAGUGACUUUCUGCACAAUGGAAAGAAAUCCUCUCCAGUGUACCCACUCUCUCAGGAUCUGCCUUAUGUUCACAUCACUUGCCAGAAAUCUCAUUUUUUAGGUCCUGUUGUUGAAAAAAGAAUGAUGCUUCUCUGCAAUGGCAAGCUAAGACUCAGCACAGUCCAGCAGACUUUCGGCCUCUCUCUUGUUGAAAUGCUGCAUGACUUCCACUGGAUCCUUCUUUGUGCGGACAGUGAAGGCUUCGUCCCCUUAACUUUCACAGCCACACAGGAAAUAAUCAUAAGAGAUGGCAGGUCAGAUGACUUCCGAAACUCUGUCUCAGAGCACUGA